AACAGAGAAAGAGAGGGCGCGCAAGAGAGAGACUGAAGUCCGUGAAGAAUAAAAUGAGCGCGUCGGGAGAGUGAUCCUUCUGUAUCACUGUAUCAAAGCUAAAAGGGAGAGAGAGAGAAAGAGGCGGACGCUGGAGAGUCAAGGGGCAUACAAAGAGCACGCGGAAAGCAAAUCAGACUAAACUCGAAGAAGCAAGCGACAGAGCACUCAGAAGGAUAGAUAGUUAGGCUGAAGUCAGAGUCCGGACCGCCUGUUCAUACUUCAUAAAUACGUUAGUCAUUCUAUAACCCCCCUCCUUGUGGAAAAGUGGACUAAUCUCUGGGUGUGCUGGUGAAGGCCCCAGUAAAGGAGGGAUAGAGGAUAAGUGUAUAAAAGAAGAGUGAAAGUGUCUGACGUGGUGACCGAGAAUGAAGAAGAGCAGGAGUGUGUUAGCGGUGACACCAGGUGACGAAACCAAGGAGCCUCCGGGAGUGCCCCUGUUCGGCAGCACCCCGGGGGUGGACCUUCGCCGGGGCCGCAGGCGUCACUCAGGCACUCUAAUGCUGCCCCCGUUGUCAUGGCGACAGGCGGAGAGUGAUCUGGGCUGCACGCCAGAGGAGUGUGCCAUGGCCCGACCCACCAGCCUGCCCUUUCGACCUCCACCACGCAUCGACAUUACCCAUGUCGACCCCAACAGCUUCGAUGUGGAGAAUUCCCCGUCUGCGUGCUGCAGCCCGUCGGACCCCCAGGUAUCCCCGAGCUCCGGCUUGGUCCUGCACCCCAACAUGGGGGGCCACGGGCAACGCCGCGAGUCCUUCCUCUACCGCUCCGACUCGGACUACGACCUGUCGCCCAAGUCCCGCGAGUUGUCCCGCAACUCCUCGGUCGCUGGAGAACUGCAUGGGGAAGACCUGAUUGUGACUCCUUUUGCUCAGGUUCUUGCCAGUCUUCGCACAGUGAGGAACAACUUCACCACCUUGACCAAUGUACAAUGCACCUCCAAUAAGAGGUCACCGGCCACCCCACAGUCUCCUGUAACCAGAGUCUUUCUGUCAGACGAGUCGUACCAGAAGCUGGCCAUGGAGACGAUGGAGGAGCUGGACUGGUGUCUUGACCAGCUGGAGACCAUCCAGACCUACCGUUCCGUCAGCGACAUGGCUUCCAACAAGUUCAAGAGGAUGUUGAACCGGGAGCUGACCCACCUGUCAGAGAUGAGUCGCUCCGGCAACCAGGUGUCAGAGUUCAUCUCCAACACCUUCCUUGACAAGCAGAAUGAGUUGGAGUUGCCGUGCCCUAUGGCCAAGACCAGGGAGAGGAAGAAGAGAACCCACCACCAGACCCAGCAGGGGGGUCAGACUCCGAGUCAAGGGACGAUGACCCAGAUCAGUGGGGUCAGGAAGGUCAGCCAAACCCCCGUGCUCCAAGGCUGCAGCGUCAGCCGCUUCGGGGUCAAAACAGACCAGGAGGACCUGCUGUCUAAGGACCUUGAGGACAUCAACAAGUGGGGUCUGAACAUCUUCAGGGUGGCCGAGCACUCCCACAACCGCCCGCUCACAUGCACCAUGUACACCAUCUUCCAGGAGCGAGACUUGAUGAAGACGUUCAAGAUCCCCGCGGACACAUUCGUGACCUUCAUGUUGACCCUGGAAGCGCACUACCACGCCGACGUAGAAUACCACAACAGCCUCCACGCUGCAGACGUGGCCCAGUCCACACACAUCCUGCUCGCCACACCCGCUCUGGACGCCGUCUUCACAGAUCUGGAGAUCUUGGCGGCCAUCUUUGCGGCAGCCAUCCAUGAUGUGGACCAUCCUGGGGUCUCCAACCAGUUCCUCAUUAACACCAACUCCGAGCUGGCCCUGAUGUAUAACGACGAGUCGGUCCUGGAGAACCACCACCUGGCCGUGGGCUUCAAGCUGCUGCAGGAGGACAACUGUGACAUCUUUCAGAACCUGACCAAAAAACAACGCCAGUCCCUCAGGAGAAUGGUCAUAGACAUGGUACUGGCCACUGACAUGUCCAAACACAUGAGCCUGCUGGCUGACCUGAAGACCAUGGUGGAGACCAAGAAGGUGACCAGCUCUGGAGUGCUGCUGCUAGACAACUACACAGACAAGAUACAGGUGAUGCGUAACAUGGUUCAUUGUGCAGACCUGAGCAAUCCGACCAAGUCCCUGGACCUGUACCGCCAGUGGACCGACCGCAUCAUGAACGAGUUCUCCCACCAGGGAGACCGGGAGAGGGAGAGAGGCAUCGAGAUCAGCCCCAUGUGUGAUAAGCAUACGGCUUCUGUGGAGAAGAGCCAGGUGGGCUUCAUAGACUACAUCGUCCACCCUCUGUGGGAGACGUGGGCUGACCUGGUGCACCCUGACGCCCAGGAUAUCCUGGAUACCCUGGAAGACAACAGGAACUGGUACCAGAGCAUGAUCCCCCAGAGCCCCUCUCCCCCCUUCUGCACUGGAGACGGAGAGCGAGAGGGCGGAGAAGGAGGUCACAAGUUCCAGUUUGAGCUGACGCUAGAUGACGGACAGGAUGAGGAUGGACAGAUAGGAAGGGAGGAGGGCGAGAGGGGGACAGAAGGGGGACGGUCGCCAAUGGACCAGGGUGGACUAGAGAUGGAGAUACGUGGGGCUUCCCCCACAUAACAAGCCUUGACCGUGAUCUUUAUAAAAGCACCAGUUUUAGGCUGUGUUUGGCAUCUUGUUUUAUUGCAGUGGAGGAAUCCUGCAAUCUGGCUCUUUGAAGCUGCUCUGCUUGUGCGCGAGGGCCUGACUGACUUAGGGCCCCUGCAGAAGAGGGUGGGGGACCACAACACUUGUUUUGGGAACCCUCCGAAAGCAGAUUAUGAUGAGUUGAAGAGCGUGAUUGCCUUGAAGGAGUGCUGUUGAGCUGCUGUGUGGCAGAAGUACCAUAUCUUAGUCCUUAGCCAGAUACUACAAUCUUUGCUCUGACAAAUAAGAUGAAGCUCAUUUACGCUAAGAGACUAUGGUGUUCAAUUGGGACAAGAUGAGAGACACUUGCACUUCAGAAUGAUUGUUGUUUGUGACUGUUUUCGGGUAUAUGUUUUGUUUUGUAACGGGAUUGGAUGGGAUGUUGCCGGGUAGCGUUCAAAGUUCCAACUAGUGGUCCACAGGUCUUUGUAACGGGAUUGGAUGGGAUGUUGCUGGGUAGCAUUCAAAGUUCCAACUAGUGGUCCACAGGUAUUUGUAACACGUGUCUGAAGACUUUUGUGUGCCUUUUUUUAUGACCGUGUCUUUUGUAUGCCAUUUUAUAAUUUAUUUAACAGUUUUAAGUCGUUAUUAUAAAAUGUUUGUUUUCUACACACAACUCAUCUUAAUUGUCUCUCGAAUGAGAGGAAAAUACUUCCGGUCUUCCUUAUGUCUUCUCAGCAAUAGUUUAUUCCCAAUUUGUGCUUUGUGGACUUUCCAAAAUCGUCGGACUUCCCAGCACAAGUUGCACUUUUUUUUCGCAAGGGUUGAGAGCUAGAACAGUGUUUAAACUAAAGAAUUGGGUUAUUCUUUCAACACCAAACUCAAAGCACUAGGCGCUCAAUGUUAUGCGUCACGUGUUAUCUCACAAAUCUCAAGUCAAUGUUAACAAACGCCACAUAAAGUUCGAUAUUCGCAGCAAAGCUGCUCCUUAUUGUUUUCCGUAUUUGCCUCCCGUAAAAAGCAAUUAUCUCCAUUUUUCAAAUUUUCCCAGUGGGAAAAACCAAUUGAAAGUCCAUGUAAACUGUCCUAACCAAUAAGCUCCAAAGAUGACCUGAUAAAAGCACUUUAACAGCCAGAUGGAACUCAGUCCAACAGAGGUGUUGUGCCACAUCUGAUUAGCACUUAAUUAAAUAUCUUCAUAUUCUUUCGGCAAAAAAAAUCAAAUUAUUUCUGCGCAUCUCCCUUCCAAGAAUGGAAGUCCAGUAAAUGGGGUCUCCUAAUCUAAUUCAUGCACAGUAUUAAAGACAAUUAUGGCCAAUCAAAUGAACCAUUGACUGGUUUCUUUCCAAAGAGAAAGAGAAAAAUCCCACGUCACAUGAUAUUAUGAAGUCCUAGACUAGCCUUGUGACGGUCAACCAAUGUCAAAAAACAAACCUCCAUACAACAAUAUUUGACAAUCAGCUGAUGUUAUACUUUUGGUUGCCAGGUCCCUCUUGAGGUGACCACCGCCAACAACACAUCUCUCGAGGUUUGGCAGGAAUCGCAGAGCAACAAACACAAUGAAACUAAACCAAAAAUAAAUAGAAUCUUUCUACAAGUUGAUUCUAUGUUAAUUUAAUGUCACCUAAAAGGUCCCCUGUAGGAAGUGGAGAUACUGAAGUGUAAUGUUAAAAAAAUUACAAAAUAAUUAAAUCCAUGAUUUCUGUCCAGCACCUUGACGAGCUGGACAGCUCAGCACCUAGUUGCUCUUCUGUCAACAAUACAUCUAAAUGGUACUGCCAUGGAAGCUUCAACACUCAGCUUCUACAGUGUGGGGAGAUCUGCAUAACAUCACUAGAUGACAAUACUUCCCUUGUUGACUGUGUGUGUGUGUGUGUGUGUGUGUGUGUGUGUGUGUGUGUGUGUGUGUGUGUGUGUGUGUGUGUGUGUGUGUGUGUGUGUGUGUGAUGAUAACUUAGCUGCACAAUCUCCUCGUCCAUGCACUUAGUCCUAUGUCGAUCCAUGAACUGUUUGAAACAGUGUAUUUAUGACUUUGAUCUGUAAGUAGAAUCCUAUUCACAAAAAGUAUGUUUGGUAUAAUUUAUAUGCACUACCUGUCAGAACAAGUGAAAUAUUUGUUAUAAUGUAUAAUACUCAAGUUUUUGCAUAUUUCCAGAGAACAUUCUUAAACAUCUGUGUUACUUGGCAGACAACUGAGGUGGUUGGCAGAAACGUAAUUCCUCGGUUUCUAUAGUUUUCCUGUUAUCUGGAGCCAUAUGAAGGCUUCAUUGAACCUAUAUGAUGUAUGGUGACGGGUCAUUGUACAGCUAGCUGUAUGUUUAUUGAAAUAUUACAUUGUUUAAGAUGUAUCCAUAUUUCCCAUGUGUUUCUCACACAGUGCAUGGUAAGGUAUUGUAUAUUGUGUUCAACACAUUUUUUAUGAAAUGAUUAAAAUGAGCAUGAAUUUACUCUG